AUGGAUCCGGAAGGAAAGCAUGGUAAGGUGAUCGUGCUAUCACUCAAGGCUGCCAACGAAGGAGUGCUGCCAAAAAAUCAUCCCUUCAGUGUCGGAACCAAGUAUAUUUUGAAAGUAAGACAGCAAGCACAUGCCACCAAGCUGCUCGAUAUGAAAAAGUUAUUCGACGGUACACCGGUUGAAGUUACAGCGCACCCCACACUUAACUACAGUAGGUGCAUUGUAAACUGUUCGGAGGUCAAUGACAUGUCACAGGAAGAGUUGCUAACCGAGCUGGCUCCUCAAGGAGUGACAGCAGUACGCCGGCUCACGAGAAUGGUGGACAAAGUGAAAGUCAAUACGUCCACCAUGAUACUGACGAUGGAAGGAACCACCUGGCCACAGUACAUAUAUUUUGGAGCGCUCAGAGUUCCAACGCGAUUUUAUUACCCCGUACCCAUGCUCUGCUUCAACUGCCUGGAAUACGGACACACAAAAGCUCGCUGCAAAGGUGCAUCUCGAUGCCAAAUCUGCUCGGCCCCCGAGCACAAGGCUGAAGACUGUAAAGGACUCACCUCUGUCAUCGCUGAACUGAAGAGACGCCCAAGCUGCCAAUGCAAAAAAACUGACGAAGAGAAUACUUCGAAAAAGGAACAACGGAACAAACGUGCUAAGGAAAUAUCGCCGGAAACAACAACUGGAACUGAAUUUCGUCCUCCGCCUUUGAAGAAGGUUUCUUCAAAAAUGAACGAUAACACCCAACCUGGCAAAAACAUUCAAACGUCCGCAACACAGCCGAUGCUUGAAGACCCAAUCGAAACCCUAAAUUCCGAUACUAAUACGGAAGAAAUGAGCAUCACGGACAAUGAAUCUGACCGAUCCGAUACAAUUGUUAUCAAUCGAAAGGGCAAAAGGAAACACCACCGAACCAAAAAUGCAACCACCAACCAACAAUAA